AUGACGUGCCGUGCCAAGAUGCCCUUGCCUGUGUGGAUACAGCAGGUAGUACUGAUUAUUACAAUGACAAUAAUAUGCGUUGCUGUGCCUUGUGUGGCCGGAAUAAUAGACGAUGAUCCGAUUAUUGGUGGGAAUGGACAAAGACAGCAGCAAGGGGGGACGAACGAUGACCAAGACGUCGACACGUAUGGCUGGUCCACAAUCGUAAGCACAAACUCCAAUUUCUUGCAAGAAUGUUUUCAAGACAGCGAAUCUUGUCGAUACGAGUUUGAUGGAAAAUGCGAUGCUGGGUUGUCCUGUCCAUGGAACUCUGAUUGCUUUGACUGCGACACGGAUCCUUGCAGAGAAUUCGAUUACGAUUGCACUGGUUGCGUCGGUACGGCCGGCUGUAGUUGGUGUCCAGGAGAUGCUCUGUGUGCCGGAAACGGUGGCUGGGAAACUGGCACCUUUGCCUCCGUCAACAAAAUACUCUCGUGUCCUCUACCAGACGACUGGAAACAAUCCUGCUCGCCAACUAACUCGGAAAAUGUGUUUUCUGAUCCGCUCUACGAUGCCAUGGCAUGGUCGUAUCAACUCAUCAAUGUAGAACCGGUAUGGAGAAACACGGGAUUGACUGGAAAGGGGGUCCAUGUGCGCAUCAAUGAUGAUGGCGUCGACAAAUAUCAUCCUGAAUUCAUCAAACGAUUCGAUGAAGCCAAUUCGUGUCAAGAUCACAUGCCGGUAUACCCGGAUGCUCAUGGAACUGCCAUGGCAAGUCUAGCCUUGGCAGAGGCCGAUAAUGACGAAUGUGCCGUGGGGAUUGCGCCGGGUGCCACAGUCUCAUCGUGUACCGUACUUUCCAACGGUGGACAAGUCAAACUGCUCGAAGUUGGCGAGAGUUUGACGCAUGCUCUGGACGUUGUCGAUAUCAGCAGCAAUAGUUGGGGACCGGUACCGUGCAAAGGCAAGAGUAGACAACGAUUCUUGCAACAAGGCAACACGACAUCAUCUUGCCCCUUUCUGUACAACCACUCUUCCAAUCCGUGUGAAGCCUGUUCCGACGGCCUGCAAUCUCGAUGCAAACAGGCCGUGUCACUAUACUGUCAAAGUCUCUAUGAACUGGAUCCGGCAGCCUGUCAAAACUAUCUGGACCUUUGGUACGAAUGUGACUACGAUCCGUUGCCAGUCAAUGCGGGACAAGCCUUGGCGAAGGGAACUUCCCAAGGGCGAGGUGGGCUGGGUGUGAUUUAUGUUUUUGCGGCAGGGAACCAAAACAAGUAUGCUGUAGAUGUCAACAUGGAUGCAUUCAUACAAUCAAGGUUCACCAUCAGCGUUGCCUCUGUUGGAAAAGACGGGUUGCAUUCGAGCUUCUCAACACCCGGCGAGGCUAACUUGAUUUCUGCACCAGGGGGAGACGUUGAAAACUUGAGCAACAAUAUCGUUGCAAAGCCGGGAGGUGGAUGUCAUGGUCAAAAUGGUGGCACAAGCUUCGCAGCUCCUACUGCGGCGGGGGUCAUUGCUCUCAUGUUAGAGCAACGGCCCAAGCUAAGCUGGAGAGAUGUCCAGGCAAUAUUGGCCACUACGGCUCAGGUUGUCGAUUCAGACGAUUCUUCCUGGGUUGUCAAUGGCGCAGGUCUAGCUCACUCGACCAAAUACGGAUUUGGAAUGGUAACCGCGGACGCCGCAGUGAAUGUAUCGUCCACGUGGAUUAGUUGGGGCGACGAGCAACAGAUCAUGCUGGAAUCCGGUACCAUUGAUUUGCCCAUCGAAAACGACCCAUCUUCUGGUGUCGCCAGCGUUUUGGUUGUCGAAGAUGACGUGACCGGUUUCGUGACAGAGUCCGUCGCAGUGUAUUUGGACUUGGACCAUUUCUCUCGUGGCGACCUCUUGAUUACUCUAGAGAGUCCAUCGGGUACUGUAUCGGUCCUACACCCGGGUAAGCGCCCCGAGGCGUCAGUGGAAGCGGUGCACUGGAAGCUGACAACUCUCAAGAAUUGGAUGGAGAAUCCUGUAGGAAGCUGGACAUUGCGCAUCGUCGAUGAAAAACCAAGCGUGGAAGCGGAAGUUGGCGAAUGUUUGGACUAUGAGUUUUUGUAUCCAGUUGUAUCUGCUUGGUCUGGAAAUGUGUGGCGCUAUAGGCAAUGCGGUGACUUGUCAGGUGUGUAUUGUUGGGAUGGUACGAUCUUUGAUGAAGUAGUGACGGAAUGGCGGGAUGAAAACAAUGGCAACAUAUCCGGAGCUGAUGCAUGCUGCGUGUGCGGAGGAGGCGUAAAGGUACCGGAACAACAGACCCUUGCAUCCUGGACCAUGAUCAUCUACGGCCACUAUGAUGGGGGAGAAACCAGUACACCUGUCAUCAGCAGGCAGGACGAGCCAUGA